AGCAGAGGACGAAGAGGAGGAGGAGGAGAAAUCAGAGGGGGGCAUUGCAACGUUCAUCCGAGCUCUUUUUUUCUUCCCAAUACAUGGCGCAAGGGCUACUACACCAACGGGACUGUCCUGGGUGUGAUCCUGCCACGGUGAAUUUGGAUACCCAAGCAGCAGCAGCAGCAACAGCGGCGGCGGCGGCAGUAUCAGCACCAUCCUCCUCCUCCUCCAUCAGCAUCCCCGGCUGCGGCGGCGCCCACACCGACUCUUCGUCCUCCUUCUUCGUCUGCCGGCUCUAUGUCGAGUGAUGGUCGGCUUGCCUUGUUGGAUGCUCCCCGCUCUCUCCGGAUCUUCGACGACCGAGCUUCCACUGACCGUAGACCCCCAUUUUCGGCGGAAACCUGCCCAGAGCUAUAAGGCUCCAUAUGGAAACUGGAGAUCAAAAUUUUAGAAAAAAGGAAAAUCUGAGCGGUUAAUUUUUUUUUUCAUUCGUAUUAUUUCUUGUAUUUUAUGUGACAUUUCGUUUUCUGGCCUGCUAAUGAAUUAAUUUUAUGGUUAAGCCUUGAUUUCCUCACCCCACAGUGUUGAUUUGUAAAACGAUUUUCCUGUUACAAAACACCCAAGGAAGAGAUUUUAUUUCCACGCAGGACUUGAAUCAACUCAUUUGUUUAAUCUCUUCUGUUAAAAUGAGACGAAUGCCUUCCGUCAUUCGUUUAUGACCCUUAACCGACUAACAAAGCCCUCUAGAAUAUAAUUAUUAAUAAUUGCCUACUAAUAUUCCUCUGUGGACUAGCUUUGGAUCUGGAUUCUAACAGUAAACGCAGCGUUCUAACCUUUGACUAAACUAAUAUUGAACUGUUGUACUGUAAGCCUGCCAUUACCCUCAUCAUCUCUGCUCCAUCUGAGCUCAUCCAAAUUCAGCUCUAACUUUGAUAAACUGGCUGUCCUCUUUUUUCUGGGUCUACAGAGAGCAAACCAUCUCUCUAGUUUCUCUAUCUUUAAUUCAGCCUCUUCAGGCUCUAACUGAUCUGGAGUGUUAUUAAUCCACAUUUGCAGCUUUUGUCGCUGCAAGUGUCUGUAGUGUGGGCUACCUCUGCAGCUACAGGCCAUCAUUCGUGUCUCCUUGUUGCAUUUUUUUAGUGGAAAAGUGAAAGCUUCCAAAGAGGAGAGACAUUUCUGCCUCUUCCUCUCCGUUUACCCAAAUAAACCCACAAUUUAUUUAGAUUUUUCUCUUUUGAGGUCCUCACCCAAACGCAACCAUAAGGUUCCUACCGCAUCCUCCUCCUCCUUCCUCCCUCUCCUUCCGCUCGAGUCUAGCCCGUUUUUUCGGUUUGGUUUGGUCCCGCAAAUUUUCAAAUAUUUACUUCCUGUACAUCAAAAGGAAAGGGGGUCCCCCUUUCAUGGAAUGCGGAAACAUGGGUCUGUUCGACCGCGGAGUCCAGAUGCUGCUGACCACGGUGGGCGCCUUCGCGGCCUUCAGCCUCAUGACCAUCGCGGUUGGCACGGACUACUGGCUGUACUCCCGCGGCGUCUGCAAGACCAAGUCCAUGAGCGAGAACGAGACCAGCAAGAAAAACGAGGAGGUCAUGACCCACUCGGGACUGUGGAGGACGUGCUGCUUGGAAGGAAACUUCAAAGGAAUGUGUAAACAGAUAGACCACUUUCCUGAGGAAACAGAUUACGAAGCAGACCCAUCCGAGUACUUCUUACGUGCGGUGCGAGCUUCCAGCAUCUUCCCCAUCCUCAGUGUCAUCCUGCUCUUCAUGGGAGGUCUGUGUAUAGCUGCCAGUGAGUUCUACAAGUCACGCCACAACAUCAUCCUCAGUGCAGGGAUCUUCUUUGUGUCUGCAGGUCUGAGCAACAUUAUCGGGAUCAUUGUGUACAUAUCAGCCAAUGCGGGAGACCCUUCAAAAAGCGACUCAAAGAAGAACAGCUAUUCAUACGGCUGGUCCUUCUACUUUGGUGCCCUAUCCUUUAUUAUGGCUGAGAUGGUUGGCGUCUUGGCCGUGCACAUGUUCAUCGACCGCCAUCGACAGCUGCGGAUAGGGGCACGCGCAGCUGACUACCUCCAAGGCUCGGCCAUAACGCGGAUCCCCAGCUAUCGUUAUCGCUACAGGCGUCGUUCGCGCUCCUCUUCCCGAUCCACAGACCCAUCACAUUCCCGUGACGCCUCACCUGUGGGCCUCAAGGGCUUCAGCGCGCUGCCAUCCACAGAGAUCUCCAUGUACACACUCCCCCGGGACACCCUCAAGUCAUCUGGUACGCCCACGGCCACCUACAACUCUGAGAGGGACCACAACUUCCUUCAAGUCCACAACUGCAUCCAGAAGGACCUGAAAGACUCGAGCCACACCAACACAGCAAACCGCCGAACCACGCCUGUAUGAGAGAGUGAAAAAAGGCCUGGCAAGCUCAGUGGAGUUCAGGAGACACAGGAAAGCCCUGUGGGCGCAGUCCGCCCUUGGAGAAGUUGGAUUUCCAUGUUUAUAGACAUUCAUUCUUUUUAUUCAAACGCAUGACUUUUCCAUAGCCAUUGUUGAGAGAGUUUGAACAAGUGUGCUUGUUCCAGGAUUGAGUGGAUCAGGUGGUCCCGAGUGAGAUCUGUCAUAUUUUUGGACAGGUUUUCUUUUUGAGGUUUGGGGCACCAAAUGAAGGGUGGGAGGGGUGGGCAUUUACGAGAUAAUCAGUUCCAUGAUUUCAUUGCCCUUGAGUUCGAUUGGAGCGACAAGUCGAGCUCCCCCUCAGCCAGCCUACUGCUAAGAAAUAUACGCCUGUUUUUAUUUCUUGACUAAUUUCUUAAUUGUUUUGCAUUAAAACUGUGAAUUGUUACAGCUUGGGAUUCAGUAAGAAGUAGCCCAAUCUGUAAUCUCUAACCAAGGUACUAUCUAUCUAUAUAUAUAUAUAUAUAUAUAUAUAUAUAUAUAUAUAUAUAUAUAUAUAUAUAUAUAUGUAUAUAUAUAUCUUUCUUUUAUAAAUAAAUUAUUACAUUAAUUAUCGAGAGAUAACAGACUUUACCGAAGCAAAAAACAAAGAGAGAAGAAAUUCAACCAAGUGCUGUUGAUAACAGGAGAAAAAGACUUUUCUAUCUCUUUAUUCGAAGGUCAAGAACAAGAGAAGGUCCUUUAGGUACCAGAAGCAGACGCAGGUAUUCAGCAGUAGAGUAUUCUUAUUCUUUUAAUAGAACCUUCUCGUCUUUUUCUCCGUCCCUGUUCUCUUUCUUUUUCAGGGGGGUUGGUGUAACGGGAGUGUUGAACCCCGCCACCCCACCCCCUAUCAGAAAGAGCCAAGCAAAGGAGUCAAAGCUCGACCAGCAAAGACUCCAAAACAUGACUUCUGCAAAACAAAAGGAAGGAGCAGAGGGAAAGAAAAAGAAGAGGACGCCAGACACAAAAACAUAGACAAGUUUAAUAUGAAAUACAAGAAAAGCUAAGACACUCACAAUUUCAGAAAUUAAAUGCAUGCUAUAAAAUUACAGCAAACCUGCUCUUGAGAAACUUAAGUUUUAAAGUUUAAUUAUUAUAAGGGGAAAAAAGCAAAGGCGCUAGAGUUUAAAGUAUUAAUGUUUUCAUGUGUGGUAUUAUUAUAAUUUCUUUUUUAUUACUAUUAUUUAGCAUAUUUUAUCUCAUUACAUUGUCAGAAAAACCAAACAAUUUACAUUGAACAAAACUGCUUUUUUAAACAGUUUGGUUGGUUUCUUUAAAGAUAUAUAAAUAAAUGUAUGUAUGUAUUUAUUUUUGUUUUUAAAAUUCACACAGCCUUAGUCAUUUCUUUGUUUCUUUUCAUUUUUAAUGUGCUGUUCAAAUUUAAAAUGAAAUCUCUAAAGGUGCCAAAAACCGAAUGAUCCUAUACUUGGAUGCAUCAAGUCCUGAUGAAUAAAACACGAACCCCAGGGGGAACAAAUCA